AUGAUCUGCAGAUCCCUAUUGCUUGUCAUCCUCAUUGGAUUCGCCGUAGGAAGACCCCAGAACGAUAACAAUCGCCAAGGAGGAUCGGAUUCAGAUAAAGGAGAAGCAGCCGCUAUAAUCGUCCUGGAGAAACCUGCUGAUGGAUCUGAUAAGCGAAGUGCGAUGAUCGAUCUGCUUUGCAGUAUGUUCUUGAAAUGGACAAAAUCUCCACUCAAUGAUGAUUUGUGUGGUAACAGUGAAGAGUAUAAGUCAUCUUCAUCAUCUUCUUCAUCCACCUCAUCAUCGACAUCAACAUCGACGUCCACAUCCACCUCGACUUCAACCUCCACGACUUCGACGACAUCUGCGGAACCUGCAGCAGAUCAUGAACAAAUUUCGCUUGAGAUGUUGUGUAAUUUCUUAAAAAAAGCAGGGCCAUGCAGCCGACUUGGAAAGUCCAGAAAAACAUCAACAUCAAGCACGACAUCAACAAGUACGACAUCAACAACUCCUACGCCAGCUUAUGCGCCUCAGUCAGGUUCAUGCUGCUGCCCACAAUAUAAAGAUCAAGAUCUUACCACCACUGAAGCUCCAAAGUCGUCUUGCUGUGAUUGCCAAAUGCAAGCUCAAGCUGAGCCGGAGACUACACAGGCACCAAUGCCAGUUCCUUGCUCUUGCCCACCAAUUGAAGAGCAAACUACAACAACAGAGGCUCCAAUGAUCCAAUAUUCACCAUGCGAUUGCGGAAUGAGCAUUGAAUCUACACCAACGCCAACUCAGGCACCGCAAGCAGCCCCUUGCUAUUUCCAACAACCCGAGGAGAUGACCACCGAAGCUCCAAAGUCUCCAUGCUGCUGUGGAAUGAGCGCUCCGGUCGUACCAGAAGUAAUUGAAACUUCUCCGGAACCAAUCCAGGCUGCUCCCGUACAAGGACCACCAUGCUGCUGUGAACAGGCUCAAGACGCACCAAUCACUGAAGCUCCCACCACCAAAUCUCCAUGCCAAAUGAAAAAAAUUGCUGCACCAGUAGUUGCACCAAUGCCAAUUCAACCUGCACCAAGACCAGUCCAGACUGCUCCAAAGCGAAUUCCCGCCAGAAAGCCACUCCCAUAUGUGCCCAGACCAGUUCAAGCUGCAGCUAGAAAAGCUCGAAUUGCACCAAGACGUAUGGGACAACAGAUGCAUCAGGCACCUGCUCCUUCCGCGCAGUGUCCAGCUGGCUGGAAACAGUACGGAUCAUCCUGCUACUACGUCGAGCAGGAGAAGAUGGAUUAUCAACUGGCCGAGAGAAGAUGUAUGGAGAAGGGUGCAACUAUGUUUGGAGCUGAUAACAUCAUGGAAUAUGAAGCAGUGAUGUACAUGACCCCACUUUUCUACUGGUCAUGGAUCGGAAUCGUUCGUGAACACGAUAAUAUGCCAAUUCAGUUCGCCAACGGAGUUCUGGAUACUUCCUCCAUAAACUGGCUGUUCAAGACUGGUCCACCAACUCAAAACGGUUGGUCACCGACGUUUAACUGCGCUGCCCAUUACAACUCAGGAACCACCUCGACCAACUAUGUCUACUUCUACCCAUGCAAUUACGCUUACCAUUCGAUCUGUAAGAAGAAGUUGUACUAGAAGUCCUGUAAUUUACGAUUUUUGCGUGUAUGUGCUAAUUUUUGGUUGUGAUGAUACCAAUAAAAGCGGAUCUCCAAUGUAUUUUAUG